AUGCGCGCAAGGCUCCAGUCAGCAGAGCUGGUCAUCGCACUGGUCAAUGACAACGACGAUGCGGAGGUGGCUCUCGGGGGUGGCCACUGGUCGGCGGUGGCAUGGCGCCGCUCGUCGUGGCGAGACGGCAUGUUUUUGGUCGAGCACUAUGACCCGUCCGGCGACGUCGAGAUCAAUGCAGAUGCCGCUGGCCUUUUCGGUGCCGCGCUUGCGGAGCGCCUUACCGAGCUCUGCGAGCUCGAGCUCGAGCGCACCGAGAUAUGGCGCAUGCCAGCACCUAUGCAGCACGACCCCUGCGUAUGUGGCCUGACAGCAGUGGCCUAUCUGCAAGCCUUGGUUGCCGACCACACUGCGGCACGCGGCGCAGGCUUGGUGGCGGCCGCGCUCUCGGGCCCACCCGCCUCUCCACCUGGGGUGCAGGGGCUCAGCUGGGAGGACACCGAGGCAACACGGCGCGCGGCAGCCGAGGCGCACGCGCCGCUCCUCCUCGACGAGAUCGACGCGUACACAGAGCGGCUGCGUGAGUCGUGCAAGCCGGUGGUGGGCCGGCUGUGCUCGCAGCGCUGUGAGGUCGUCUUUGACGUGUUCGAGGAUGGCGACGAGGUCUUUGACGAUGGGAGUGGCCUCGGCCCUCGCGACCCCGAGCUCGAGGCGCUCCUCGACGCGUGCGAAGUGGCAGCGACCACGAGCCGAUUGCUUUGUCGGAAGACCACGCUUGCAGUGGCGAUCGCGCUCUGUCUCCACGACCGGCCGGCGUUCCUCUCGAAGCUUCGCGAGCUUGGCGUGUCGCAUUUACGCGAGCGGCAGGCCAUUGCCAACGCUAUCGGGCGCGGCGUGCGCAAGGGGUUGCUCGCAUCUGAACAAGGUUGA